AUGUCAAUCCCUACAGCAUUCGCAAACGCCUCUGGCGACGACAACCUCCUGCCUCCAGUGAAUCAGCUCGCCAUCCUCGAUGUCUUCUUCCCCGGCUUCUCCACGGUCUCUGCUGGCCUGUCUAAAUACCUGCAGAUCGACAUAUCCUUUUACCUCCCUUUCAUCGUCAUCUGCGGCGUUGUUAUCUACGCCUCAAAUUAUGUCUCUGAGCACCUCUGGUCCAGUCUCCAACACUACCUGAUGUCCACGGCCGAUAUCCGCAUCGACGACGAGAUGUACAAUUACGUUAUGGGAUGGGUGACCCAGCAGAAGUUCUCGCAGGUCAAUCGUCGGUUCAUCGCGAGCACGAAUGUAAACUCCCGCAGCUGGUUCAUGUGGGUCGAGAGCCGCGAUAAUGAGCGUGAGGGAGAGGGGGUGGAUGAAGUCGACGAGAACGGCAUCCCAAUAGAGAAGCGAAAGCACAGAAAAUUGCAAUAUACACCCGGCCUCGGAACGCACAUUUUCUGGUACAAGGGAAGGCUCAUGGUAUUUCGCCGCAAUGCCCACGAACGAGCAUAUGGCCCUAUCUCGGAGCGCGAGGAGAUCUCGAUCUCGAGCUUCGGGCGCGACCCGACUAAGCUGAAGGAGCUGCUGAACGAGUGCCGCAAAUUAUUCCUCGACUCCGAUGAAGAUAAGACUGUCAUAUUUCGCGGUGGGAACAAGCCGGGAACCAUGUCGGAGACAGCUUGGGUGCGCAGCACAGCGAGAGUGUCUCGGCCCAUGUCAACGGUGGUUAUGGACGAAUCGGUCAAGACGGAUCUGCUGGAAGACAUGCGAGACUACCUACACCCGCACACGCAACGCUGGUACUGGAAUCGUGGAAUCCCAUAUCGUCGGGGUUACUUGCUGUACGGAGCACCAGGGACAGGCAAAUCGUCUCUAAGUCUCGCGAUCGCAGGAUACUUCAAGCUGAAGAUCUACAUUGUCAGCCUCAACUCGCCGUCAAUGAACGAAGAGACUCUUGGGACGCUGUUCUCCGAGCUGCCGCAGCGUUGCGUCGUAUUGCUUGAAGAUAUUGAUACAGCUGGCUUAACGAACGCAAGGAAUAGUGAAGCUUCUGAAGAUGCAGCUGCAGCAAUGGCGGUCAAGAAAGUACAGAAAGAUCCUUCGCAGCCGCCCUCACUUGUCGCCGGAGCUCCGCCAGCAGGCCGGAUCAGUCUCUCUGCUCUAUUAAACGUGCUUGAUGGUGUAUCUAGCCAGGAGGGUCGUAUUCUGAUCAUGACGACUAAUCACAUUGAGAAGCUGGAUGACGCCCUUAUCAGGCCUGGCAGGGUGGACAUGACAAUUAAGUUCCAGCUAUCCGAUGCGGCGAUGAUGAGGAAACUGUUCACGAGUAUUUUCACGAAGCUAGAAGGCGACUUUCCACAGAAGAAGACCGCACUGCUCGAUUCUCAUGUGAAUGGUGCUCUGCCUUUGAAGGGCGCUAACCUCCAAAAUGGGCAUGCAAAGUCAAGUGGUGUAGAAAAAUACAAUGCUGCCGAUCAAAAUAUAGAUGAGGAUGAAGAGCGCCAAAAACUUGAGGCCAGAAAAAUAGAAGCUCUUGCAGAGUCAUUCACGCUGGCGAUGCCAGAAGGCGUCUUCAGCCCGGCUGAGGUCCAGGGCUACCUGCUGAAGCACAAGAGAAGCCCCGAAAUCGCCGCGCGGGAGGCGGCAAAGUGGGCUAAAGACAUGAUAGACGAGCGAAAGAGGAAGAAGGAAGAAGAGGAGCGCAAAACGAGGAAGAGGCUUGAAGACGCACAGGUUGCUGUCAUGACUGCACAGGCGGCAGCAGAAAAGAGGAUAGAGGAGGCAGGAAAGAAGGGGGAGGACGAUAAGAAGGAUAGUGAUGACACUGAUGAUACCUAA